GUGCCGAGCCCCGAGCGGGGCAGAGCCAGGACGGUGCCGAUACCCGGGCGGUGCCGAGCCAGGACGAUGCCGAUACCCCUGGCGGUGCCGAGCCAGGGCGGUGCCGAGCGGUGCAGAUACCCCGGGCGGUGCAGAGCCAGGACGGUGCCGAUACCCCGGGCGGUGCCGAGCCCCGAGAGGGGCAGAGCCAGGGCGGUGCAGAUACCCCGGGCCCCGCCCCAUGGGCACGUGACGCCACGCGGCCAAUGAGGAUGUGGCGCCAGAAGCGGAGAGCACGUGACGCUGCACGGCCCAGGAGGAGUCUGCGCCGCGCACGCCGCACCGGCGCAGGCGCAAUGUGGCCCCUGCGGGCCGCCGUCCGCCGGGGCCUCUGGCUUUUCCCGCAGCUUCACGGUCCUCUGGUUCCCAGGGCCGCAGCACCCCUGACAUCCCGCCUCGGACGCGUGCUCGCCACCUUAGGCCGUAGGGGUUUAGGGGGCCCGGGAGGACAUGGCGACGGCCGACAAGACCGGGAGGGAGAGGAAGAGGCGCUGGAAGAGCAGGAGCUGCUGAGAAAGGACCCUCUGCUACCCUCAGGGGCGCAUCGCGUGUUCCUGGUUCACCCGGACUUCCAGCGCGGACCAACAAAGCAGCCGCCGGCCCGAGCUGAAUGGCAGGUGGCGGAGGCCGAGGCCCUGGUGCGCACUCUGGAUGGCUGGUCCGUCGUGGAGACAGCGGUGGUGCCUGUAAGGACGCCUGGCAAGAAGCUCAUCUUCGGCAAAGGCGCCUUGGAGCAGCUGACUGCGAAGAUCAGAGGCUGCAUGGGGGCCACAGCUGUCUUCCUGAACGUGGAGAGGCUGGCCACGCCCACCCAGAAAGAGCUGGAAGCCACCUGGGGCGUGCAGGUGCUGGACCGAUUCACACUGGUGCUGCACAUCUUCCGCUGUAAUGCCCGUACCCGGGAAGCCCGGCUGCAGGUGGCACUGGCUGAGCUGCCGCUGCUGAGGUCCAACCUGAGAAGUGAUGUUUCCCGCCUGGGUGGACGAGGGGGCAGCUCUCGCUGCAUCAUGGGGUCAGGGGAGUCCUUCCUGCAGCUGCAGCAGCGGCUCCUGAGGGAGAAGGAGGGGAAGAUCCAGAAGGCCCUGGAGAGACUGCGUAGGAAGAGGCAGCUCCUGGGGCGCGAGCGGCAGCGGAGGGAGUUCCCAGUGGUCUCCUUGGUGGGCUACACUAACAGUGGGAAAACCACGCUGGUCAGGGCUCUGACAGGUGACUCUGCACUGCGGCCCCGGGACCAGCUGUUUGCAACACUGGACGUGACAGCACAUGCGGGGGUGCUGCCCUCCCGCUUGAUGGUUCUCUACAUGGACACCAUCGGCUUCCUGUCCCAGCUGCCCCACAGCCUUAUCCAGUCCUUCUCUGCCACCCUACAGGAUGUAGCCCAGUCAGAUGUCAUCGUGCACGUGAGGGACGUCAGCCACCCUGAUACGGAGCUGCAGAAGGCCAGCGUGCUGUCCACCCUGUGUGACCUGUGUCUGCCCAGCCCGCUCCUCGCCUCUGUGCUGGAGGUGCACAACAAGGUGGACCUGGUGCCGGGGUACUGUCCAGUGGACCCUCGUGCCGUGGCUGUGUCGGCGCUCCUGGAACAUGGGCUGGAGGACUUAAAGGCCCGGCUGGAAGACGCUGUGCUGACUGCGACAGGGAGGCGUGUGCUCACCCUCAGAGUCCAGCUGCAGGGGCCGCAGCUCAGUUGGCUACACACGGAGGCCACAGUGCAGGAAGUGGACGUCCAUCCUGAGGCCGCCGUGGCUGAUGUCAAGGUCAUCAUAACCAACUCUGCCUAUGGAAAGUUCAGGAAGCUAUUUCCAGCGUGAGAGGGCAGUGCCAUCUCAGCCCCUGGGCUGUGUGGCCAUUGCCUCUGGAGUAUCCUCCCACGCUCCCUGAGUGCAGAGGCUGGAGCCCCACCCAAGUCAGAGGGUGCCCUCUGGACCACAUGGAGGCUUGGGGUGUCCUGUUGCCAGGGUCCCACAGCUGCACGACAGCCCAGGCCCUGCUGUCUGCAAACCUGCCUGUCCGCCUCCUCCCCAGCCACACCGGCUCAUUCUCUGCCCAGCAGUGUGGUCACCAGUUCCCCACAGGAGGCCUCACUUUCUCCCACAGUGCUGUCAGGCCAGGAAAUAAAUACAAGGUUCCCUGGACACCUGGAAAGUCCUUGACUGCGGUGCAUCCUGACUAGCUGACCAGAAAAGAGAGGCCUGAUGAAUUGGGGGGUGGGGAAGGAUGUGUUUAGAAAAGAAAUUAUUUAAUUUAUUCUUGCAUAGAGAAUUCCUGUGUUCUUUUCAAUCUAACUUAAUCUUUGAAGUAGAUUCAUGUUCUUUUACUCUAUAGAAAUCUUAAUUUCCCAUAAAUGUUAAAAUGUCGGGGAAUUUUUGAAGUCUGUAUAAAUACAGUCCCUUCACUAUUCUGUCUUAA